GCCUGGUGAUUUCCGAUUUUUGGCGUUCAGUAGUCGCGGUUGGUGGGCAGCAGCUGAGCCAAGAUGUUGCGGAAUCUGCUGGCCCUCCGUCAGAUUGCUCAGAGGACCAUCAGCACUACUUCACGGAGGAAUUUUGAAAAUAAAGUUCCAGAGAAACAAAAGCUGUUUCAGGAGGAUAAUGGAAUCCCAGUGCAUCUGAAGGGCGGGGCCUCUGAUGCCCUCCUCUACAGACUCACAAUGGCUCUGACAGUUGGUGGAACAGCAUACGCCAUCUAUCAGUUAGCCAUGGCUGCAUUUCCCAAGAAGCAGAACUGACUUCGUCAUCCCAGGCUUCACAUGAUUCGAUUGCAUUCAGCGGUUGAUGGACCAGGAAU